AUGUCGACCACAUAUGCUGCUGUUCAUCAGUCUACCAAAGGCGCCGGUGAUGCUCGUCCCACCGCCUUGCAAAUCAUUCAAGACCAAAAACUCGAAAACCAGCUGUCCGACAAGGUUAUCCUAAUAACUGGUUGCUCCUCUGGUCUCGGGGUUGAGACCGCACGCGCCCUCUUCGCCACUGGCGCUACUCUCUUUCUAACUGUUCGCGAUGUUGAAAAGGCGAGGUCCACAUUAGGUGACAUUGCCCACAGUCCUCGAGUCCAUUUUUUGCACCUCGAGCUCAACUCUCUCGAUUCUGUCCGCGCCUGUGCGCGGGAUUUCAAGUCCAAGAGCAAGGCCCUGAAUAUCUUGAUUGAGAAUGCUGGAGUUAUGGCGUGCCCUGAGAGCCGAACUGUGGAUGGCUUCGAAACACAGUUUGGUUGCAACCACUUGGCACAUUUUCUUCUCUUCUACCUCCUUAAGCCCGUUUUAUUGGCUUCCUCGGCCCCUGGUUUCAACUCUCGUGUUGUUAUUGUUUCCUCAGCUGCUCACCGCUAUGCGAGCGUCAAUUUCGACAAUAUCAGUCUUAAGGGUGAAUAUGAGCCCUGGAAGGCAUACGGCCAGAGUAAGACUGCCUCAGUUUGGACAGCCAAUGAAAUUGAGAGGCGAUAUAGCUCUCAAGGUCUCCAUGCCUUCAGUCUACACCCAGGGGGUAUCAAGACCGAUCUCCAACGUCACGUUUCGGACGAGCAGAAGGCUGCUUGGGACGAAGAUAAAGAAUUAGCAAACUACUGGAAGAGCACCGAACAAGGAGCAGCUACAACUGUGUGGGGAGCGGUUGCAAAGGAACUUGAGGGUCAAGGCGGCAAAUACUUGGAUAACUGCCAAAUUGCUGGUCUGUAUGAUCCGAGCACAGGUUCUCGGGGCCCUGGUCAUGCGCCAUGGGCAUUCGAUGUGGAGGGGCAGAAAAAGCUUUGGACAGAGACUCUGAAUAUGCUGCACCUGGAAGAUGAGUGAAGAAGGCAAUAAUUGUGACUUCGCGACGCUUAACCAUGAACAUCCCCCAUGAGAAACAUGAUUCCUCGC